AUGGCAAAAACUCUAAAAGAUCUUCAAGGCUGGGAGAUAGUAACAACUGAUGAGAAGGGGAACAUAAUAGAUGGAGGUCAGAAAAGACUACGCCGAAGAGGUACUAGAACUGAAAGUUAUUUAAAGAGAAGCUCGGAUGGAACAAAGAUUGGUCGGGGUGAUAGUGUUGUUAUGCAUAACGAAGCUGCGGGCACUUACUCUGUUUAUAUGAUCCAGGAGUUGAGGCUCAAUACAUUAAAUAAUAUAGUCGAGCUAUGGGCUCUCACUUAUUUACGGUGGUUCGAAGUCAACCCGUUAGCUCAUUACCGGCACUUUAAUCCUGACGCUAACAUAUUGAAUCGUCCUUUAAGCUACUACAAUAAAAAGUUUUCUGAGACUGCAAAUAAAAAUGAAUUAUACCUGACCGCAGAAUUAGCCGAAUUACAGCUGUCAAAUUUCAUUAGGAUUGCUCAUGUAAUAGAUAGGGGUAAAUGGGAAGGACUGAAGGAAAAUUUUGAUAAAGAAAGAGAUUUCAUGGUUUGCUAUAUGUGCGAACCGACAGGAGAUAAGUUCGUAGAAAUUAAUAUCGAGGAUAUCAAAACCUGCAUCAAAGAGCUAGAGCCGAGAGAAGCUCAAGAAUAUCUUAAAGAUCUGACACUUCCAUCAAAGAGGAAAGGAGUUCAGGGAGAUUCACCAAGAAAAAAGAAACGUACAUCUACUCAAAUCACUCAAGGUUUAGAUGCACCAACAAGAGGAGCAGAUAAAACCGAUAAUGAGGACGGGAAUAAGGAUGUGUCAUCUGAUUAUCAAAGUCCGUCGGAUGUCGACAUUAGUGGGGACAUGAAUAGUGACGAAAUAUCCGCAGCUGAGUUUGAAGACGAAGAAGACGAAGAAGACGAAGAAGAAGAAGAAGAAGAAGAAGAAGAAGAAGAAGAAGGAGGAGGAGGAGGAGGAAAAGAAGCUAGGCGUUUAAAUUCGCCAAGAAAGAGAAGCUGUAAGAAAAAGAUAGGUGUAAACGAUAGUGAUGCCUUUGUACAACCGUCCCCGAAAAGAAGAGGUCGCAAACCUAAAGAUCCUAGUAAACCGCGCCAGAUGUUAUUGAUAUCUUCAUGUCGUGCAAAUAAUACGCCCGUAAUUAGAAAGUUUACAAAAAAGAACGUUGCUAGAGCCAAAAAGAAGUAUACUCCAUUUUCGAAAAGAUUCAAAUCUAUUGCAGCAAUACCGGAUUUGACUUCUUUACCUGAAUUUUACGGGAAUUCUUUGGAACUUAUGGCAUCGAGUUUUGAGAAUAAGUUGAAAACCACCCAAAAACAUCAAAUUCUAGAAACAAUUUUUUCCAAAGUUAAGAAACAAUUGAACUCUUCUUAUGUCAAAGAAGAGAUAUUGAAGUCAGCAAAUUUUCAAGACUAUUUACCAGCUAGGGAAAAUGAAUUUGCCUCAAUUUAUUUAAGCGCGUAUAGCGCCAUUGAGUCAGAUUCUGCUACUACUAUAUAUGUAGCUGGUACGCCUGGUGUGGGAAAAACUUUAACCGUAAGGGAAGUGGUAAAGGAGCUGCUAUCAUCUUCUACACAACAAGAAAUUCCGGACUUUCUUUAUGUGGAAAUAAAUGGAUUGAAAAUGGUAAAACCUACUGACUGUUACGAAACGUUAUGGAACAAAAUUUCAGGAGAAAGAUUAACAUGGGCAGCGUCAAUGGAGUCAUUGGAAUUCUACUUUAAAAGAGUACCGAAAAACAAGAAAAAGACCAUUGUAGUUUUAUUGGACGAACUUGAUGCAAUGGUGACGAAAUCUCAAGAUAUCAUGUACAAUUUUUUUAAUUGGACUACUUACGAGAAUGCUAAACUUAUUGUGAUUGCUGUAGCCAAUACAAUGGACUUACCUGAACGUCAACUAGGUAACAAGGUUACCUCAAGAAUUGGGUUUACUAGAAUCAUGUUCACUGGGUAUACUCAUGAAGAAUUGAAAAAUAUUAUUGAUCUGAGGCUUAAAGGCCUGAAUGACUCAUUUUUCUUUGUGGACACAAAGACAGGGAAUGCCGUUUUGAUGGAUGCAGCUGGAAGUGAAGCUACAGAAGAACAAACAUUAUCUGGAGGUGUGAGGAAAGUUUGUUUAAGAAUGAGUGCCGACGCCAUUGAAAUCGCUUCGAGGAAAGUAGCAAGCGUUAGCGGUGAUGCAAGAAGAGCAUUAAAAGUUUGUAAAAGGGCGGCGGAAAUUGCAGAGAAACAUUAUAUGGCUAAACAUGGCUAUGGGUACGAUGGAAAAAUAGUUAUUGAAGAUGAAAGUGAAGACGGAAUGUAUGAAGAUGAAGACAAGGAUCUUAUUGAAAGUCGCAAAGCUAAGGAAGAGGAAGACGAUAGCGAUGAGGUGCAAACAGUUCAUAUUACGCAUGUUAUGAAAGCCUUAAACGAAACGUUGAAUUCCCAUGCAAUUACAUUUAUGACAAGACUUUCGUUUACGGCGAAACUGUUUAUUUAUGCAUUAUUAAACUUGAUGAAGAAGAAUGGAGCUCAAGAACAAGAGUUAGGUGAUAUUGUCGAUGAAAUUAAAUUACUUAUUGAAGUGAAUGGCAGCAAUAAAUUUGUUAUGGAAAUAACCAAAACAUUGUUUCAGCAGGGAAGUGAUAAUAUUUCUGAACAGUUGAGAAUUAUAUCAUGGGAUUUCGUUUUAAACCAGCUGCUUGACGCGGGAAUUCUGUUUAAGCAAACUAUGAAGAAUGAUAGAAUAUGUUGUGUUAAGCUGAAUAUAUCAGUAGAAGAAGCGAAAAGAGCCAUGAAUGAAGAUGAGACUUUAAAAAGUUUAUAG